AGAUUCGAGUAUUGGUAUUAAUGGAGAACUGGUUGGGACUUCUUAGAAUUCAUGUGCAGAGAGGAGUGAAUCUUGCUAUCCGAGACUCCAUAAGCAGUGAUCCUUAUGUUGUUGUCAGGAUGGGCAAGCAGAAGUUGAAGACUCGUGUCGUGAAGAGGAACGUGAAUCCAGAGUGGAAUGAUUUUCUCACGCUUUCCGUCACUGAUCCAAAUACUCCAGUUAAGCUGUUUGUGUAUGACAAGGACACUUUCAGUUUUGACGACAAAAUGGGAGACGCAGAAUUUGAGAUUGGCCCGUUUUUCAAGGCAGUGAAAAUGGGUUUGCAAUUGCAGGGCUUACCAGAUGGAACCAUAAUCUCAAAAGUGGAAGCCAACAGGCAAAACUGCGUUGCUGAGGAGAGCAAGAUUUUGGUCUCAAAUGACAAAGUUGUUCAGAACAUGGUUUUGAGGCUGAGGAAUGUCGAGUGUGGUGAAGUUGAGCUUCAGUUGCAAUGGAUUGAUGUUCCCACCUCAAAGGCCUUGCAGAACAAUUAGUAUAGACAAAGUAGAAAAAGAGUAUUUGAGUUUAAGAGAAUGUUCUUUAAAACUUGAGUCCUAUUCUCGUUUUGUAAUAGAUAUAUACAAGAAUGUUCUUUUGUUCUUGAAAACUUUACAUGCAUCUUCUCGAAGAAACAAGAAGGAUGUCCAACAAUCAUGUUUAUUUAAUUAAAUAAUUUUGUUUAUGAACUGCUUUGUGGUUGGAAUUAUUCCCAACAAGCACAACAGCAACACAAGCUAAGCUGUCUCCAGGGUUGUCAAGAUUGAGAAAGCAGCGUUGUGGCGGA